GAAUAUAGACGAAAAGUGCCGUAUAAUUAUAUUACGUUGAGUAUUUUUACGUUGGCGUUAUCAUAUUUGGUUGGAGUUAUCAGCUGCCGUUAUUCCAUUGAUACAGUACUAAUCGCCUUAGGAAUUACUGGCAUCGUCACUUUGGGAGUAACAUUAUUCUCUUGUCAGACAAAGCUGGAUCUAACGUUGAUGAAUGGAUUGUUAUUCUGCCUGUGUAUGGUUUUGUUUACAUUUGGCUUCUUUAUGAUAUUUAUGUGGAGCCGAGUUGUUUAUUUAAUCUACGCAAGCCUUGGAGCGUUGAUAUUUACUCUUUUCCUUGCCUAUGAUACACAACUCAUUAUGGGUGGUAGACGUUACGAACUCGAUCCAGAGGAAUACAUUUUCGGAGCUCUGACUUUAUAUACUGACAUUAUAUAUAUAUUUAUCUUCCUUUUAAGCAUUUUUGGUAACAGUAGUUAG